AUGGCAGCAAACAACGAAACAAAUGAUUCGGAACACUUCUCGCCCUAUAGGGCAGAUGGAAAGCUUUAUGGCUUCGUCUGUGUGGUGACGGGUGCAACCCAGCCCGUGGGGAAGGCUAUCGUCGCUGAACUCGCUGCCCACGGCGCAGCAUGCAUAUACGCAUGCUCCUCUCCCCCCAAUGAAUCUUACGGCGAACUCGCCUCAUCCAUUAAUUCGCAGUAUCCGAAUACCAAAGUGAUCGGCUACCCCUACAAGAUCACUUCGGAAGAAGACACGCUGGCGCUCAUCGACGACGUGCUCAACUCCUGGGGCCGACUGGACAUCUGGACAUCUUCGACCGGUCUCCUCGGACCCCCAUCCAUCACAACCACCGGCCCGAAAGACCUUUAUUCCGCGUUCGAGACAAACGCCAUGCCCGCAUUCUUCGCACUCAAAUAUGCACCAGCUGCUAUGCAGAAGACCACGCCGAAGGGCAGCUACCCCAACGCCGCGCCAAAGGAUGCUCCGUACGGAUCGAUCAUCGUAGUCACCUCAGUAGCCGGCACGUACGGCGGGUGCUGGGCCCCUGCGUUCACCAUGGCAUCUCAUGCCGCCCUGGGCGUAGUCAAGUCUGGCGUAGCGGUCCUCAAAGGCACGGGUGUGCGUAUCAAUGCCAUCACGGCAGGGCAGAUCGAUGUCGGUGUUGAUCUGAAGGGGAGCGGGUUGAAGGAGAUGGAGGGAGGGCAAUUUCCACCUGCUGCGUUGCAGGAUAAGGAGGUCCAAAAGAGGACUAUUGGACUUGAGAGGGCUGGCAGGCCGGAAGAAGUUGCACGUGUAGCUGGCUUCUUGGCGAGUGGGUUCAGCAGUUAUAUCACUGGGGCGGAGAUGAGAGUCGAUGGAGGUGCUGGGGUAAUGAAUCCGUUGACAGUACCUGUGUAG